AUGAAGCUUCAAGAGCCCACCUUUGGCAAUGGAUUCUUUCGUUUGACUCGACCAAUCAACCAAAACUUCGUGGUCGGUGCUAUCCUGUUCUGCUUACCUGGGAUCUAUUUGGCACUCACUGGUCUCGGUGCCGGUGGAGGACGGCCGUCGUCUCAAACCGUUGCAUCCACGACCAAUGCCGUUCUCUAUGGAUUGUUCACGUUGUUUGGAUGGAUAGGUGGCGCAAUCUUGAACGUUGCAGGGCCCAAAUUGACAAUUAUGUUUGGUGCCGUGGGCUAUCCGCUUUACGUGGGGGGUCUGUGGUAUUUUGAUCGAGUUGGAAACGCCUGGUUCCCGUAUUUUGGCGGUGCAAUCCUUGGUGUCACAGCCGGAUGUUUAUGGACUGCGGCCGGCUUCAUCCAAUUCGCCUACGCCCAGGAGGAUGAAAAGGCUCUGUUUAUAACUUGGCAAUGGGUUCUCACAUCUUUCGGAGGCACAGUGGGCAGUUUGAUCGCCUUUGGGGUAAAUUUCAAACAGACUGAGUCGACUGGUGUCUCGAAUGCUGUCUAUACUGUCUUCAUCGUCAUCAUGUGCAUGGCUAUUGUGAUAGCUUUCUGCUUCAUCAUCAGUCCCAAGAAAGUUGUGAGAGACGACGGCACUCACCUGGCUCUUUUCCACAAAGCCGACGUGGGGGACGAGAUCAAAGGUCUUGUCAGGCUUUUCAUGGACUGGAAGGUCAUUGCUCUCAUCCCUGCAAUAUUCGUCGCCGAGAUGGACCUGGCGCUCCUCUCCAGUAUCAACGCAUACUAUUUCAACUUGCGGACACGCUCUCUCAACAAUGUUCUGUUUCAAUUCAUCAUGAUUCCUUGUCCUCUCAUAUUGGCCUAUGUUAUGGACAAAACCCCCAUCAAAUCUCGCCGACUUCGGGGCAUUGCUGGCGCAAGUCUCAUGGGCUCGAUCACUCUUGCCACAAAUGCUGGUCUGGCGGCUUGGAUUGUUUAUAAUGACGUUAACAGACAGCGGAAUACCCCCCCCGGCGUGGACUGGACUGACAGUAAAUUUGGAGCCGGUUUCAUUCUGUAUCUGUUAUCGGGAGUUAUCUACGCCUGCUACCAAAUUGUCGUCCAAUGGACGCUCGGAGCUCUCAGCAAUGAUCCAAAACUCUGUGCUAGAUACGCCGGGCUCUUCAAAGGAACUACGUCUUUGGGCAUGUGCAUUUCCUUCGUAUUGGACGCCCAGAACGUAUCUUACAUCGACCAGCUCAUCGUUCAGUUUACACUCUACGUCGUUGGUCUGGUCUUCCUUUUCCUGAUCAUCUGGCGAUAUGUGAUUCCAACCAACUACUUUUUGGAGGAAAACGUCAUCGUUCCUCACAAAUGGGAAGAGAGAGCGAGAAUUGAAGGUUUGGUUGGAGACGAGCAGAUUGAAAGGGAGCACCAGAAGGAGCUGCUGGCUGAGAAGGGCGUGGCAAUCGACUCAAAGGGCCCGAGAGCCGUGAGCGAGACGACCAUUGCCGGGUAG